UUUUGGGUGCUAUGACAUUAUUCCACUCUUGACCAACUCCCCUCUUACUCAUACCCAUCUUUGCCUAUAUAAAGCUUUUGCCCCAAAGUCGUGAAAUUCCAGCAACUUCAGUUGCACCAAAACCAAACCCAAAAAACAGGGCUCUCCUACUUUCCCUCUGUUCAUAACAAAACCAGAGGUUCAAUCACCUCUUCUCUUCUUAAAGACUCCCUUCCCUUUUGGCUUCUCAGAAUGUUGGCGCAGAUUCUUGCGGUGCUGUUGAUCGGGUUGCUGGCAUGGGCUUUAAAUAAGUCCCUCCGCGCGCCGCCUCCCAUGAUUUGCGGAACCCCCGGCGGGCCGCCGGUGACCGCAACUCGGAUGAAGCUGAGGGACGGCAGGCACCUCGCUUACCAGGAAAACGGCGUCCCCAAAGAAGAAGCCAAGCACAAGAUCGUUUUCGUCCACGGGUUCACCUCUAACCGCCUCGACCCGAUGAUCGUCACCAAUCUCUCCCCGGAAGCUGUGAGAGAGCUGGGGGUUUACGUUGUGACCUUUGAUCGCCCGGGUUACGGAGAGAGCGACCCGGAUCCGAACCGGACUCCCAAGAGCUUGGCUCUGGAUAUUGAAGAGCUUGCCGAUUACUUAGGCCUCGGAUCGAAAUUCUACGUGGUGGGUAAAUCCAUGGGCGGCCAAGUUGUUUGGGGCUGCCUUAAGUACAUCCCUCACAGAUCUCAAAUUGUGGGGUUGUUCAGGCUGGCAGGAGCAGCGCUAGUCGCCCCUGUGAUCAACUACUGGUGGCCGAGCUUCCCUGCAAAGCUAGCUAAUGAAGCUUACAAGCUUCAGCUCCCUCAGGACCAAUGGGCCCUGCGAAUUGCUCAUUAUGCACCCUGGCUUACCUACUGGUGGAACACACAGAAACUGUUCCCUUCAUCUGCCGUCAUCGCCAGGCGACCUGAGACUCUCUCCCGUCAGGAUCUCGAACUCGUUUCCAGAUACGGAGAAGGCCGAUAUCUCAAGGAAGUGGCGACCCAACAGGGAGCGUACGAGUCACUACACAGGGACAUGAAGAUCGGGUUCGGGAAAUGGGAAUUCGACCCGAUGGCGAUGGAGAAUCCGUUGCCAAAUGACGAAGGGAAAGUUCAUCUGUGGCAAGGGGAUGAGGACAAGAAAGUGCCGGUGGAUUUGCAGCGUUUCAUUGCUAAGAAGCUGCCAUGGAUUCAGUACCACGAGCUGCCAGGGGCCGGGCACGCCUUGCACUACGUUCCUGGAAUGAUCGAGGGAGUUCUCAGAGCUCUGUUGGUUGGGGAAGAAGGAAAGUAGGAAGAGACUCGUUCGUAUGGUGGAUUGUGUCAGCAAAUUAAAAUAGAUGAAUUUCUGAUCUUUGGUCGUCGGAGAAUUGAAGAAGCAUAUAGUGAUGUAUCAUAUGGGACUUUAAAGAUUGGUCAAGUAAAGAUGUAAUUUGGUGGUUGGUCGGUAUAUUUUGCUUUUAAGUGAUAAAUGUAAUUAAAUUAACUCUAUAAAAGAAGAAGUUAUAAAACAUUAUUUCAUAUAGUCCCAUGCCACCGGUGAACCUUUUGUAAUUACUCAUAGCUUGGAAGAGUUUUUAUACCAUUAAGAUUCUAAUAAAUUAGCUUAUGACAA